AUGCGUUCAGACGAGGGCAUAAAGGAAGUUGCCAAUAAGCUGCUGGAGCCGAAGAACCUCGGGGUUGUCUCAGUAGAGCCUUUGCAAUCUCUGUGGGCAGGAUAUGGCCAGAUCGUCCGGCUUCAGGCAAUACCGAUUAGUUCAGAAGCAUCUUCCCAAAUGCAGUCUCUGAUCCUGAAGCUCGUGACACCACCGACAGACGCCAGCAAAGCACGAGAUGAAGGCCAUCUACGCAAAGUCAUCUCAUACCAAGUUGAGCAGUACUUCUACUCCCACUUAGCAUCAUCGAUGCCUCCCAGCCUUGCCGUUUCCAGCUGUCUUGCCAGCUUAAACGAGCAAUCCAACGCCUCCAGUACCAUCGCCAUGGUCCUCUCGGAUCUCAAAGAGAGUUUCCCAUUGGCAGGCGAGAAACGUGGUGAGCUUAACGAGACGCAAGUCAACAGUGCGAUCAGAUGGCUGGCGACAUUCCAUGGAAUCUGGUGGAAGCGGCGCAACCUUUUGAGGGAUGGCGGCUUGAGGAAGCCACCUCUGGAAGAAGCGCAGAAUGAUGCGCAAGGUGGUGGCGUCUGGUUGAAUGGUGGAUAUACUUACCUCGCCACGAGACGAAAGGAAUAUCGAUCACUCUGCAACGACCAGCAGUCAGAAUGGUCAAGCCUGCUGUGCAGGCCUGUGGCAUCCGCCGGCCAGAGCAUCGCAGAGCUGGUAGCGAAGGUACUCUCACCAUCCGCCAAUGAAGGUACCAGGUUCGCCAUAUCAGACUACGAGACCCUUAUACACGGCGACGUCAAAUCCGAGAACCUCUUCACCACAACUUCCGGUGACGCCGUAGCAUUCUACGACUUCCAGUACGUCGGGCUUGGCUUAGGAGUCUGCGAUCUCGCAAAACUCUUCACGUGCUCAGUACCACUCGAGCUACUAGCCGGUCCAGAAAACACUCACCAACCCAUGUCUCAAGGCGAACAUAUGCUUCUCGAACCUUAUCGUCAGACCUUACAGGAAACAUCAGGCAAAGAUUAUCCGUGGGAUCUCUUCGAGCAGCACUGGAACACGGCGCUUGUGGACUGGCUGAGGUUUCAAGCGUCGUGGGGCUUCUGGGGUAAUACGGAGUGGUUGGAGGGGAGGGUGAGGUAUAUACUCAAGGAUGAGAAGUGGAAGGCUUGGUUGCUUGAGGCUGUUGGGGAGGGAGCUUAG